GAACAUAAAUCUCAUGAUGGUAGAACUGCUCUGCGUGUCGCUGUACUCGAAGGUCAUAUGGAUGUCAUCAAUUAUCUAGUCCACACCGGGUGUGAUAUAAACUGCCUAGAUGCUGACGGUCGUUCUAUACUCUACGUAUUAGCUUUGGAAAAUAAACUUGAAAUCGCGGAUCUGUUGUUGGAGAAUUGCGCUGAAUGUGAUGUGGAGAGCUCAGAUCAUGAAGGCCGUACGCCACUCCAUGUGGCUGCCUGGCAAGGACAUUUGGAUAUGGUUGAGUUAUUGUUGAGUCAUUGUGCAGAUGUGAAUGCAGUUGAUAAUGAUAAUAGGACUGCCCUGCAAUCAGCUUCAUGGCAAGGCGAUGCUAAGAUUGUUAAAGUGUUGUUAGAGCGUGGUGCCGAAGUUGAUCAUGCAUGUAAUCAAGGUGCGACUGCCUUGUGUAUAUCCGCACAGGAGGGCCAUGAGGAUGUCGUUCGUGUGUUAUUAAAAUAUCAAGCCGAUCCUAGUCAUACCGAUCAGUUCGGGCGAACUGCGUCACGUGUCGCUAUCAAAGGAGGCCACACUGGAGUCGUCAGGGCCCUUGAGGAAUUCUCAUCUCUGCCUUCGUCUAAUGGUACAAACGGCACGAAAAAUACAAACACUUCAGAAUCGAAGCAAUCAUCAGUGAGUCAUGUGUCAGUAAUGAGUCAAGCUAUGAUGAGUCUUGCCACGGAAACGACAAGUAGCCACACGGGUCCUAACACGUCAUCAUCGGAGUCUCCUACCACAACCAUGGAUAGGAGGAAAUCAUACGUGUCCAAUGAGUCUUCUAGUAAUUUAACAUCCUCAAAUACAGGAACAAUGUCAACCAAUCAGAGCAGUAAUAGCGUCCCACAUGACCCUCAAAGUAUGACUUUUACGCAGCAAUUGCAACAAUGUACAUCACGAAGCCGUAAUCGGCCAUUGAGCAAAAUGUUGUCUCCCGUGAGUGAGCCUCACGAGAGUCCAGUCCACUCCCCCAUACAAUCCCCUCUUAGUGAUAUUACCCCUAAAACAUCUGAAAAUAAACUCAUAAAUGGUAUGAAUAUGCCAAUAUACCAUGAACUGGACCCUCAACCACAACGCAGUCUAGUGGCCCCGAUACGUAUAAUCUCAAACCCAAAUGAGGUGUACAAUCUAAAUGAAAUAGAUGAUGACCAAAUAUGGCAAGCAAAACCGCGCCCAACAUAUUCAGUUGAGCCAGCUUCGAUAACCCGUAAAGGAAAAGGUCCCGUGAUGGGACGAGCUGCUUUAACCAUUCAUUCCCCCGAUACAAGACAACCACAGAGACAAAAUGGAGUUACUCCAAAAUACAGCUAUGCCAAAAACGUCAAAACUGAUGUUUAUCAAGCCAAACAUAACCCUGCUUUGAAGGCCUCUGAAAAGAAUGUUGAUAUUCAAAAAGGAGGCCCUAGUAUGCAGUUAGUUGUAAACACUGGCUUCAGAAAGCCACCUAAAAGACCAACAAGACUUGCCAUUGACAAAGAGACACCUUUAUAGUUGUAAGUAAGCCAUUGGACUUUAAUGGGCUAAAUGAAGUUUUUACUUAGAAAGAAAAAUACAAACAUCAAUUUUUUUCUACUGAGUGUAAAAUUUGAAUCUCAGUUCUAUCUAAUUGAAGUUUAUCA